GCGGGACCAGCGGUGUAAACACCAGCAAGCCGGUUGUCUCGGCCGUGGCUAAGCUAAGUUAGCUCCUCCGACCUCCCGCACUUUGAACCUCCGUCUCCGGGUUUAAAUGGCCGCCGUCGCGCUGAAGCUGUCCGCUCCCUGGCGCUUUGUCACACUCAGGAGACUCUCCAGCGUCCCCCGUCUGAAGCUCCACUCCUCAGCCUCUUCCAUGAUGGGUGUGACGGUGCAGCAGUUCGAUCAGGCUAAGGACAGACUGUCCUCCCUGAAGAAGGACCCGGGAAACGAGGUCAAGCUGCAGAUCUACGCUCUGUUCAAACAGGCCACUCAGGGUCCCUGUAACACCCCAAAACCAGGCAUGCUGGACUUCAUAAACAAGGUGAAAUGGGACGCGUGGAAGUCUCUGGGCUCCGUGUCACAGGAUGAAGCCCGGCAGCAGUACUGCGACCUGAUUGGCUCCCUGGUGGCAGCAGAAGGUGGGAGCUCCGCCCACGUGGCCGCACGGCCUGCUGGGAGCGGACCGGCGUACGAGACGCUAUUGGUCACGACGGAGGAUGACAUCACCACCAUCACACUGAACCGACCGGCCAAGAAAAACGCCAUCACUACUGAGAUGUACAAUGACAUCAUUGCAGCUCUGGAUCAGGCAGCUAAAGACGACUCAGUCAUCACAGUUUUUACUGGUUCUGGUGAUUUCUACUGCAGUGGAAACGAUCUGUCCAACUUCACCCAGAUCCCUGAGGGGGGGGUGGAGGAGUCGGCCCGACGGGGAGGAGACCUGCUCAGGAAGUACGUGAAGGCCUACAUUGACUUCCCAAAGCCGCUGGUUGCCGUGGUGAACGGACCGGCUGUAGGAAUCUCUGUCACGGUGUUGGGACUGUUUGACCUGAUCUAUGCUACGGACAGGGCCACCUUCCACACUCCCUUCAGUCAGCUGGGUCAGAGCGCAGAGGGAUGCUCCUCCUACACUUUCCCCAAAAUCAUGGGCCCCGCCAAGGCCACUGAGAUGCUGCUGUUCAAUAAGAAGCUGUCAGCGGUUCAGGCCUGUGAACUGGGUCUGGUGACAGAGGUUUUCCCCGACAGCAGCUUCCAGUCUGAGGUCUGGACCAGACUGAAGGUCUACGCCAAGCUGCCCCCCAAGUCCCUGUCCCUGUCUAAGCAGCUGGUCCGGUCUGUGGAGAGGGAUCGUCUCCACGCUGUGAACGAUGCUGAGGUGGAGCUCCUGAAGGAGCGAUGGACGUCAGACGAGUGCUUCAACGCCGUCAUGACCUUCUUCCAGGCCAAGGCCAAGGCCAAGCUGUGAGGUGUGCGUGUGUGUGUGUGUGUGUGUGUGCGUGUGCGUGUGCGUGUGUGUGUGUGGGGAGAGGACAUGGAGGAUGGUCUCUCUCGAUAGUUGAAGCGCCUUAAACACUUUGUAACGUCUCAGAGGAUUAAACUCUUUGUUUGAUUCUUUGAGUCUUCAGAUUAUCUAUGAAUCAGUGAUUAUUAUUGUUUGUUGAUUGUUUGAUGGAACGCUCUCUCAGUGGUGACGUCUUUUAAACAGACGUCACCGUCAUAGAGAACAAACAUUAAUAUUCAGUUUUUUGUUUUGAUCAAAACUCGACUAAUCGUGUUUCUAGUGAAAUUAAUAAAGAUUUCCAUUUGUCCUGGA